CGGUUGAUCAUUUGGGGAAUAAUUAAUAAAAAAAAAAAGUCCUUCAAACAGGAUAUUCCCUGCUAUUAUUUUUAAGAGUUUUGUAGAUCUGCAAAAGUUUUUUUUUAAUAAGUGAAAAUGAGUGCUGAAAAAUCAAAACCAACCUCCGUGAUCCAGCACAUCGAGGCAGCAUUGUAUGUAAUUAACCAGCUGUGCAUCGGAUUCGUGACGAUUUGGGUCAGCUGGACUUGUCUGCGCCAGGACCUGGCCGGCAUCCGUCUACACGCCUGGCUGGUGACCUUUGGCUUCGUCUUCCUUAUGGCCGAAGGCAUGAUGUGCUUCUACGACGGCAGCUGGCUAACGCUGCGCUUCUCCCGCAAAUCCAAGACUGUCUUCCAUGUGGUGCUCCAGAUAUUGGGCGGCGGCAUGGGCGUCGCCGGCUGUCUUAUCCAGUUGAUCCGUGACGAUUGGUCAAUUAGUGUAACUGUUCACGCUCGUCUGGGAUUCGCCGCCUUCGUCCUGUGCCUUAUAUCGCUGCUUAGCGGCCUGGCCGCUGCUUUGGCGAGAUACCUGAGCCGCAGCAUCUCUCCGCUGAUCAACAAGACCUUCCAUGUGGUCCUCAGUUUUGGUGCCUUUGUGACGGCCAUGAUGGCCCAAUUUUAUGGAUUCACGCAAACGGGCAUUUUCCGCGGACAAGGGCAGGACUUUGUCAUCCUCAUGCAAGUGGUCACAAUGGUGGCCAUGGUGAUAACUAGCAUAGGUGCUAUUAAGUCACUGUACCAGAAGUUUUCCAGCUUGGCCAGUUGAAGGGCUGAUUCAGGAUACUAAGAAAAAGAAUUUAUUUUGUAUUAUACUUAACCGGUGCAGUGUUCCUUAUAAAAUAACUUUAAGUUAGCCUAGAAAAUAAAUAAAUAAAUAAUAUGUCAUUUAUUGUAU